AUGAUCUGCUCAAAUUUUUUUCUUUUGCUUUUCUUUGCUCUAUUUUCCUCAAUUCUCGCUAUUGAACAAAACUCUCCCCCAAUAAGCUCUGAUAACAAUAACAAUGACGAUGACGAUAACCAAAUAAUUAAUGACUUGCACUUUAACAUAUCCUACAACUUGUUCCUCGCCGGCGUCAAACUACCAACCAACGAUCCCUACAAACCAAUCCAUCUCUUUAAUACUGAUCAAAUUCUCGUCGACUACUCCUUCCAAAAUGAUGGUCUAGAAAAUGAAGUCAAAGUUGUUGGUCUUGGUGGUAACUUUAAAAAUCCUCUCAACAACAAAAUCAUUGCAAAUUUAUCUGACUCAAACAUUGGCCCAAUCUCAAUCACCCCUCAUCAAUCAAAAUCCUUUCAACAAAAGAUUUCAAUCAACUUGAAUUCCGACGAAAACCAAAUUUACUUACUAUCUCCAAACAUCUACAUUGUCUACUUGAACAGAUUAAUGGUCAUAACAACUAAACCCCAAUUACUAACCGUAGCUGACAAACCUGUUUCACUCUUUGAUUUGCAAUUAUUAUCAAUCAUAUUGACUUUGUCCACCAGUUUUUCGGCUCUAUUCUACUUCCUCUUAACAAAAUUCGCUCUUCCUUAUUUCGGUAUUAAUAACUUCAAUUUAUUAGACAAAUUGCCUUUCUUAUCAAAAAAGUCUCCCUCAUCAAUUAAACAAUCUUCUUUAGACUCGUCAUCUGCUAAAACAACAGGUGCUACAAUUAACGAAAAAGGUUUUGAUGAAUCCUGGUUACCAAGUAACCACUUACAAAAAACUUCAUCUAAAAAAUCAGCCAAAUCUAAAAAAUAA